AUGGCGGGCCGCCGCAGCGCCGACGACGCGGCUGCUGCCGACGCCGCGGCCAUUGCAGCGCGCAUUCGCUUCUCUGAAGACAUUCUUCGUGACACGACGCUGCGGGACCAGCCGAAUAACGACGAGCGGCAACACUCCCAGCCACAAGCACAAUCGCCGACACAGUCGUCACAACCUGUACAGCCUACCCUUCCACCAUUAGCCACGCAACCGACUUCGACACCACGAUCGGCGUUGCGGCACACAGACAACCAUACUUCCCUCUCGCCCUCUUCGUCUUCUGCUCUUGCAGCUCGAUUUCCACCCGCCGCCGCUUCCUCCUCCUCCUCCUCCUCACAACAGAACCCUCCGUCGUUACGAUUGAACACGAAUCUAUACACGAUCCAGUCCAAUGUUGAAGGCCCGGCUCCAACAGCCAACGGCGCAGACGGCGCAGCUGCAAAGAAAGGGACAGGCAAAGGCGGCGCCCUGGCAAUCAUUACCUCGCCUGUGCGAGACGACGGCUCCUCAGCGGCCACCUUGGUAUCGCCUCAGGUACGGCGGCGAUUACCUGAGUAUGGCGAUGGGCAUCUUCAAUCACCAGCCGUUCAGCUGGGACGACGGAGCGGCGUCAGCUUCGUCGAGCCGCCGCGGACUUCCAUCACACGCAGGCGUCUGGGCCUGACCGACGGUGAGAGUUUUGACGGGCCUGUCAAGGCCUCGGCCGUGUCGUCCUCGACCAACACCCGUGUCACCGAUGCGAGCGAUACUCUGGCCCACUACCGGGACUGGCUGGACCGCCAGCGUGAGCGCCAGCGACGAUGGACGACCGGCCCAUACUAUCGUUUCAAGAGCAGGACCGCCGGCAUGUACCGAAAAUACAUUAUCGAGGGCCUGCUCCGCCAGCGUCCCUUGCCGCCGAGCGUCGACGGCCGCCACAUUCAGCUGGACCCGGGCCACGUUCGCACCACACCCUACACCGACGAACGCUCCGGCAAGCCAUACAUCUCCAACUUUAUUCGCUCGAGCCGAUACACUGUCUGGGACUUCUUGCCCAAGCAGCUUGUCUUCCAGUUCAUGAAGCUAGCCAACUUUUAUUUUCUUAUCAUCUCCAUCCUGCAGAUGAUCCCCGGCCUGAGUUCGACCGGCACCUACACCACCAUUGCGCCCCUGCUGUUCUUCGUCGCCAUCAGUAUGUUCAAAGAGGGCUAUGACGACUACCGCCGUUACCGCCUCGACCGGGUGGAGAACCGCAGCACGGCAUAUGUCCUGGACCCGGGCCAUACUGUGCAGGCCGUUGCUAGCGAGAAAUCCAAAAAUGACAACGCCUGGCAAAAAUUCCGGUCACAGAGGUGGACCAAGUCUGCCCGCCAAGCGGUCACUGCUACUGGCACCAACGACGCGGAUGAGGCUGGUGGAAUCGGUGUGAUUGGCGCCGUCGACGCCGGCAGCGUCCCCCUCCGUACAGUAACAUCAGCCAACGUCGCUGCCGACCUCGACCGCGUCCAAUCUCCGCGCGCAGACGAGGACAACAGUGCUAUCGGCCGCAUGCCCUGGUCGGCCGUGCAAUGGCAGGAACUGCGUGUGGGUGACGUUGUGCGCCUGCGCCGCGACGACCCUGUCCCAGCCGAUAUGAUUGUUCUGCACGCCUCUGGCCCCAACGGCAUCGCCUACAUUGAGACCAUGGCUCUCGAUGGCGAGACCAACUUGAAGACGAAGCAGGCCUGCGCGUUGCUCUCCGAGCAUUGUGAGUCGCUUGCCGGCAUGGCCGCUUGUGGUGCCGAAAUUGUGUCCGAGGACCCUAACCUGGACCUCUACAACUACGAAGGCCGUGUCCUGGUCAACGGCGAGGCGAUGCCGCUGACCCUCAACCAGGUUGUCUUUCGUGGCUCGGUUGUGCGCAACACGGCGGACAUGAUUGGCCUCGUGGUCAACUCUGGCGAGGAGUGCAAGAUCCGCAUGAAUGCCCACCGCCACAAGCGCGCCAAGGCCCCCGCCAUGCAGUCCGUUGUCAACCGUAUAGUCAUCCUGCUGGUCAUAUUUGUUGUUCUGCUGUCUGUCGGUUGCUCCGUCGGCAACGGCAUCUGGGUCUCGAACUUUGCUGACCAUGCCUGGUACUUGGCCGGCGCCAACCUGCCGCUCAGCCAGAUCUUGUUCGCGUUCAUCAUCAUGUUCAACACGCUCAUUCCGCUCUCGCUGUACGUCAGUCUGGAAAUCAUCAAGAUUGGCCAGCUGUACCUGCUUGCCGACACGGAGAUGUACGACCCGGACACCGACACGGCCUUUAUUGCCAACACGACGACCAUCCUUGAGAACCUCGGCCAGGUCAGCUACAUCUUUUCGGACAAGACCGGCACCUUGACCGAGAACAAGAUGCGCUUCCGCAAGAUGAGCGUUGCCGGAACGGCCUGGCUGCAUGACAUGGACAUUGCCCGCGACGAGGACGAGAAGGAACGCAAGCGGCGGCAGCUGCGGCACCGGGGCAAGAAGAGCAAGCGUGCCCGGUCCUCGAGCCGCCACCGGCCCAGCAAGGUGGAAGGCAAGCAGUCGCAACAACAGCUGUACGAGCAGCCCAUGUCGUUUGGUCGGAUGUCUUCUUCGCCCUCGCCUUCCAACGCCCACCUGCCGAUUGCCAAGUCGCCUGGGACACCGUCCUUUGUGAGCGAGGUGCCCACCAACCCUCGCAACUCGACCGCGAUUGAGUUUGAGGCUCCGCGCCGUUCCAUGUCUUCAGCCUGGCGGUCGACCGCACGUCCAUCCCGCCCGCAGCAUGAAUUGAAGACGGAGGACCUCAUCCAGUACAUCCGACGCCGCCCUCAUACGGCAUUCUCUCGCAAGGCACGCCAUUUUAUUCUGUGCAUCGCCCUCUGCCACACCUGUAUACCAGAGAAGACCGCCAGUGGCGAGAUCGACUUUCAGGCGGCGUCUCCCGACGAGCUGGCCCUUGUUCAGGCCGCACGCGACCUCGGUUACCUGCUCAUUGACCGCCCAGGUCAAUCCAUCAAGCUGCAGUUUCACCAGCUCGACGGCUCGUCCGUCACCGAGACCUACCAAGUCUUGGACGUCAUCGAGUUCAGCAGCAAGCGCAAGCGCAUGACAAUCGUCAUCCGCAUGCCCGACGGCCGCAUCUGCAUGUUCUGCAAGGGCGCCGACAGCGUCAUUUUGCCACGCCUCAAGCUCAACCACAUGGCCCUGGCCAAGGCCAGUGCUGUCGAGCGCCGUGCCAGCAAGCGCAAGAGUGUCGAGCAGGAGCGCGCCAUGAUGCGCAGGAGCACGACGAUCAGCAUCAACGGCGGCGGCAAUGUCGGCAAUGGGGGAAUGUCCACGCCCCGUUCCAGCAUGAACCUCGUCCGCGCCGCGUCCAUGCACCAGUUCCGCAACCUGCCGCGCCUCAGCACCGGCAAGAAGUCGGUGGACAAUGCCCACCGCCGCUCGGCUGUGAUCUCGGGCGACAUCGACGACUGGCUGCGGCGCCGUGAGCGCGAGGACCUGGACAUUGUCGACGACGUGCUCGCCGGCAGCUCGUCCAAUGGUGGCAGUGGAGAGGGAAGCCGUCGCCCCGGUGGCGGUCUGAGCCAACAGCAGCGCCAGUGGUCGCAUGACAGCAGCAUUGCCGCUGUGGCGGCAGCGGAGAGUCUUUAUGCCGACCCGUACAGCGGCAUGGUUGACGAGUCCAUUGCCAUCAACGAAGGCGCCGUGUUUGAGCGCUGCUUCCAGCACAUUGACGACUUUGCCUCCGAGGGCCUGCGCACGCUGCUCUUUGCCUAUCGCUACGUCGAGGAGGACGACUAUCGCAAGUGGCGCACGCUGUACCAGGACGCCACCACGUCGCUGGUCAAUCGCCAGGAACGCAUCGAGGCCGCCGCCGAUCUGAUCGAGCAAGGGUUCGACCUGGCCGGGGCCACGGCCAUCGAGGACAAGCUGCAGCAGGGUGUGCCCGAGACGAUCGACAAGAUGCGCCGUGCCAACAUUAAGAUCUGGAUGCUGACGGGAGACAAGCGCGAGACCGCCAUCAACAUUGCGCAUGCCGCCCGUAUCUGCAAGCCCUUCUCGGAGAUUUAUGUGCUCGACGCCUUAAUUGACCAGGACCACCUGCAGGAGCGGAUCGCGUCGACGCUCGUCGACGUCGGCCGCGGUAUGACGCCGCACUCGGUCGUUGUCAUUGACGGCCACACGCUCAGUGUCGUCGAGGCCCAAGAGGAGAUGCGGAUUCUGUUUUUCGACCUCGUGGCCCGCGUCGACUCGGUCAUCUGCUGUCGCGCGUCGCCCUCGCAAAAAGCAACGCUGGUCAAGUGCAUUCGCCAGCGCGUGCCCUCGUCCAUGACGCUGGCCAUUGGCGACGGCGCAAACGACAUUGCCAUGAUCCAGGCCUCGCACGUUGGCAUUGGCAUUUCGGGCCGCGAGGGCCUGCAGGCCGCGCGCAUCUCGGACUACUCGAUUGCCCAGUUCCGCUUCCUACAGCGCCUGCUUCUCGUGCACGGCCGCUGGAACUACGCGCGCACCGGCAAGUACAUUCUCGGCACGUUCUGGAAGGAGAUGGUCUUUUACCUCGUCCAGGCCUUGUACCAGCGCUACAACGGCUACACGGGUACCUCGUUGUACGAGUCUACCAGUCUGACCGUCUUCAACACGCUCUUCACAUCACUUCCCGUCAUUCUCUUUGGUAUCUUUGAAAAGGACCUGCGCGCCGACACGCUCCUCGCGGUACCCGAGCUCUACACGUAUGGACAGCGCAAUCUGGGCUUCUGUUUCCGCAAGUACGUCGGAUGGACGGUCACUGGUGUACUCGAGGCCUUGCUCAUCUUCUACAUCUUGUACGCAGUCUACACCACCAUGCUGUUUACAAGUGACACGAGUUUGUACGCCAUGGGCAGUCUGGCGUUUUCGGUCUGCAUCAUGCUGAUCAACAUCAAAAUGCUUGUCCUGGAGAUGCACAACCAGACAAUCAUCUCAGCUGUUGGUUUGUUGGUGUCAGUGGGUGGCUGGUUCGUUUGGUCGCUCUUGUUGUCCGGCGUCUACGCCGCCAAGCCCAGCGCUUACCUCGUCCACGGCACCUUUUUGCACGACUUUGGCCGCCAAGGCAUCUGGUGGGUCACGCUGAUCCUGGCGCUGGCGGCCGUCCUGGUCUUUGAGCUCAUCAUCAACGGCGUCCGCCGUGCCGUCGCGCCGACGGACCUCGACCUCGUGCAGCAGAUCGAGCACGACCGCGACGUGCGUGCCGUCAUGCGCGAGCACGCCGCCGAGACCGGCGAGGCGGGCGUGGCUGGCGGGAUGGCGAUGGAGAUGGAUGGCCGGCCGUCGAAUGUCGACGGUGGACGCAAGAGCAGCCUUGGCGACGACUACUUCAACUACCGGUCCUCCAACACGUACAGCGUGCACGGCAACGACAACAUAGCACCGCCGUCACCGGCCGUCCUGCGGACAAGCUUUGGCGGUGGCAGCCGCCAUGUGCCGCCGCCGUUCUCCCCGCUGCCGACGGAGCGUGAGAAUCCCAUGGUGGCGGCCGUGACGGUGUCCUCACCUACGCAGAUGGUGGCCAGCCCGACGAUAUCUGUGUCGUCGCCGGCGGUUACGGCGGCCGAGGCUGUGACGAACGUGUCGUCAGGCCCUGCCAAGGGCAAAGACACCGGGACCGUGAAGACGUCGCCCGUUGCUGCGCAUCGCCCUCAGGCCCCUGCCCUCAACACGUCGUCCCGCAAGUACAUUGGUCACCAUGAUGUGGGUAGUCCGAGCAGCCCGUCGAUUGCGACUUCGCUGGCGGCGAGUCCGGUCGAAGUACGUCUGCCGCAGGUGCCCGAGUCCAAGGAAAAGAAAGCAGGGGAGUAG